CUGUGCACCGGUGCGUUUCGUUGUAAAAAUGGAGACUCAUCCAAUGGAUGAAUUUUGUGGCUCUCGGUUUUGGGACUUAAACCUUACCUGGUACACAGACGAUCCGGAUCUGACGCCAUGCUUUCAGCAGACCGUGCUCGUGUGGGCACCAUGUGCAUUUUUAUGGUUGUUUUCGUUCCUGGAGCUGUUCUAUCUGCGAAAAAGUGCCAACAAGGAUGUACCGUGGAGUGUCGUGAAUGUAUCAAAGUUGCUGAUCGUCGGUUCGCUGAUUGUGCUUACCAUCGUUGAUCUCGUGAAGGCAAUCUCCACCGAUGGCAUAUCGGCUCCAGUGUACUACUACACACCGGUGAUAAAGCUGGCCACUUUUGUUUUUGCGGGACUGCUAGUGUACCUGAACAAGCACUAUGGUAUGCGAACAUCGGGCCUUUUGUUUCUGUUCUGGUUUCUGUUGACCAUCUGUAGCAUACCACGUACCCGUACCGAGAUCAGAGCGCAUGAAGCGCGUGUACUCGAGGACUCAUGGGCCGAAUAUCAGUUCGCGAGCUUUUUGAUCUUCUUCUCCCUCACGUGCCUCAUGUUCCUGCUCAAUUUCUUUAUCGACAAACCGCCGCGCCAGUCAAAGUACGAAAUCACCAACAAGGAUUGUCCGGAACUGGCCGCCAGCUUCCCGUCCCGUAUCUUUUUCGCCUGGUUCGAUCGAUUGGCGUGGGUUGGAUUCAGAAAGCCGCUGGAGGUAGAAGAUCUCUGGAAGAUGAAGCCGGAAGAUUCCUCUAAGGAAGUAUCGCCAGCUUUCCUGCACCAUUGGAACAAAACGCUCGAAAAGACGUACCAAACGCGUGAAACUAGCAACGAUGUCACGUUCAAGAAGCUGGGCAACACGGCCAGUGUUGAUUUUCGUACAACGAAGUCUAAAAACAUUGCCUCAAUUCUGCCUGCGCUCAUCAAAACGUUCGGUGGUACCUUCCUACUUGGAUCGUUCCUGAAGCUGGUACAGGACAUGCUUACGUUCGCUUCGCCCCAGAUCCUGAAGCUCAUCAUCGAUUUCGUCAGUGGUGACGAUCCGAUGUGGAAAGGAUUGAUGUACGCUAUUACGCUAUUUGUAGUGGCCGGUACACAAACGCUAUUGUUGGGCCAGUACUUCAAUCGGAUGUUCUUUGUCGGGCUGCGUAUUCGUACAGCGUUGAUUAGUGCCAUCUAUCGCAAGGCACUUAUCAUCUCGAACAGUGCGAGAAAAGGAUCGACUGUGGGUGAGAUCGUGAAUCUGAUGGCGGUCGAUGCGCAACGUUUCAUGGAUCUGACAACGUACAUUAACAUGAUCUGGAGUGCACCGCUGCAGAUAGGUCUGGCGCUGUACUUUUUGUGGCAAAUUUUGGGCCCCUCCGUGUUGGCUGGGUUGGCUGUGAUGAUUAUCCUCAUACCGGUGAAUGGAGUAAUUGCCAACAUGAUCAAAACGCUGCAGAUCAAGCAGAUGAAAAAUAAGGACGAACGAGUUAAGCUGAUGAACGAGGUGUUGAGUGGAAUUAAGGUACUUAAAUUGUAUGCAUGGGAACCCAGCUUCGAGCAGCAGAUUCUUAAAAUUCGCGACAAAGAGGUGAAGGUACUCAAGUCGGCCGCAUACCUCAACGCGGGAACAUCGUUUAUCUGGUCGUGUGCACCAUUUUUGGUGUCGUUGGUCACCUUUGCCACCUAUGUGCUGGUGGACGAGAAUAAUGUACUGAAUGCAAGCACAGCUUUCGUUUCACUAUCGCUUUUCAACAUUCUACGGUUUCCCUUGUCCAUGUUGCCCAUGCUCAUCUCUAAUAUGGUGCAAACCAGUGUUUCUGUGAAACGUAUCAACACCUUUCUGAAUCAGGAAGAACUGGAUCCCGACAAUGUACAACACGACGAAAAGGAGUCUUCUCCACUGCUGAUAGAAAAUGGUGUGUUCUCCUGGGGCGGCGAAGACACCACGCUGAAAAACAUCAACGUGCGUGUGGAAAAGAACCAAAUAGUGGCCAUUGUCGGUACGGUCGGAUCGGGCAAAAGUUCACUGCUUUCAGCAUUCCUCGGCGAGAUGGAUAAAAUUUCUGGUCGUGUCAAUACGCUCGGACGCAUCGCAUACGUUAGCCAGCAGGCAUGGAUUCAAAAUGCUACACUUAAGGACAACAUUCUCUUCGGUAAACCAAUGGAUCAGCGACGUUACAAUCGCGUCAUCGAAGCGUGUGCCCUAAAACCUGACAUUGAAAUGCUGCCUGGCGGUGAUAUGACAGAAAUCGGUGAGAAAGGUAUUAAUUUGUCCGGUGGUCAGAAGCAGCGUGUUUCGCUGGCUCGGGCCGUGUACAACGAUGCCGAUGUGUACUUCUUGGACGAUCCGCUCAGUGCGGUAGAUUCGCACGUUGGAAAGCACAUUUUUGAGCAGGUUAUUGGACCGACCGGAUUGCUGGCGAAGAAAACACGUGUGCUGGUAACGCACGGUAUCACGUAUCUGCCCAACACGGACAAAAUUUACGUGCUGCGGGAAGGAGAAGUUUCCGAAAGUGGCACGUACCAGGAGCUGAUGGAUAAGAAGGGUGCGUUUGCCGAAUUCUUGAUGCAGCAUUUGCAGGAAGUGAAUGAGGAGGAAGAGGAUUUGGACGAAAUUAAGCAACAGCUGGAGAACAGUGUUGGUGGUGAGGAUCUGCUAAAUCAAUUGAAGCGCACCAACAGCAAACGUUCGCGCAGCGAAAGUACCUCCGAAACGGGCUCCGUAAAGGACAUUUCGCGUCAAAAUUCCACCACGGAUAGCAACACCAGCUUACGGCGCCGUACAUCGGAAAAGGUUCCGGAUGUUCCGAAAACGAAACUCAUCGAACAGGAAAAAUCGGAAACUGGCAGUGUCAAGUGGGAUGUUUACAAACAUUAUCUGAAGAGCAUCGGUCUAACGCUCUCGGUCGCAACCGUCAUACUGAACAUGAUCUUCCAAGGCUUCUCGAUUGGCUCCAACCUUUGGCUAUCGCGCUGGUCCACGGACGAAACAGCCGAAAAUGAUACCAGCGUUCGGGAUAUGUAUCUCGGCGUUUACGGUGCAUUCGGUGCUGGUCAAGUGUUGAGCACCUUCCUUUCGACGCUGUUUCUUUAUGUUGGCGCACUGGAAGCGUCCCGGACGCUGCACAAAACGCUGCUACGGUGCGUACUCCACGCUCCAUUGACGUCCUUUUUCGACAUUACGCCCGUCGGCCGGGUGCUGAAUCGGUUCAGCAAGGACAUUGACACGACGGAUUCCGAUCUGCCGGCGACCCUGCGCGCCUGGAGUGCCUGCUUUUUCGGGGUGGUCGCCACACUGGUAGUGAUCAGCAUUUCGACGCCAAUCUUCGCCGCAGUUAUCGUACCGAUCGGUGUACUGUACUAUGCUGUACAACGGUUCUACGUGGCCACUUCUCGACAGCUGAAGCGUUUAGAGUCGGUGUCACGCUCACCGAUCUAUUCGCACUUUGGCGAAACCAUCCAGGGCGUGCAGACGAUCCGAGCGUACAGUGUGCAGGAUAGAUUCAUCACGGAAUCGGACGAAAGGGUAGAUUCGAACCAACUUUGCUACUGUCCAAGCAUUAUCGCGAACCGGUGGCUUGCGGUGCGUCUCGAAAUGGUUGGCAACUUGAUCAUUCUGUUCGCGGCACUGUUUGCCGUACUUGGACGGGAAACGAUGAACGCCGGUCUGGUCGGAUUGUCCGUAUCGUACGCGCUACAGAUCACACAAACGCUCAACUGGCUCGUGCGAAUGACAUCGGACGUCGAAACAAACAUCGUGGCCGUAGAACGUAUCAAGGAGUACGGUGAAACGAAGCAGGAAGCUGCCUGGGAACUGCCCAAUAGUACGCUGCCCCGCGAUUGGCCCGAACAGGGUAUGGUGGAGUUCCGCGACUUCCAAGUACGGUAUCGCGAGGGACUUGAGCUCGUACUGCGUGGUAUUACGUUUACGGUUAACGGUGGCGAAAAGGUGGGCAUCGUUGGUCGUACCGGAGCAGGCAAAUCCAGUCUUACAUUGGCACUGUUCCGUAUCAUCGAGUCGGCCGGAGGAUCGAUCGUUAUCGAUGGGCAGGACAUUGCUCAGCUUGGUCUGCAUGCGCUCCGUUCGCGGUUGACCAUCAUCCCACAAGAUCCGGUCCUGUUCUCCGGUACACUGCGCAUCAAUCUGGACCCGUUCAAUGCACAUUCGGACGAUGACAUCUGGAAGGCGUUGGAGCAUGCUCACUUGAAAUCGUUCGUUAAAGGAUUAACCGCUGGAAUUAAUCACGAAGUUACGGAAGGUGGUGAAAAUCUGUCCGUAGGUCAGCGCCAGCUCAUCUGCUUAGCACGCGCCCUGCUACGCAAGACCAAGGUGCUCAUUCUUGACGAAGCCACUGCCGCCGUCGAUCUGGAAACGGAUGAUCUGAUUCAGCGCACCAUUCGUACGGAAUUCAAGGACUGUACUGUGCUGACGAUUGCUCACCGACUGAACACCAUCAUGGACUCGGACAAGGUUAUCGUACUUGACAAGGGACAGAUUGUGGAGUUUGCACCGCCAGCUGAGCUGCUGCAGUCGAAGAAUUCUGCCUUCUACAGUAUGGCCAAGGAUGCUGGUUUGGUGUAAGGAU